UAGUCGCCGCCACACGCGCGGCUGGAAGCACGUGAGGCAGUUGGUUGCAAGAAACAGUCGCUGCCGUUGCCCACGAGCCAGGUACACUGGAAUCGUUAAAUCCUUGCAUUCGCCUGAAAGUCGAGAUAAGAUCCAGUCAUGCUGAGCUAUACUUCCACCAUCAAGAUUUCGAUUUGUCUGCUCGGGGUAUUUGUCGUACAGUCCUGCGGUCACCUAGGGAGCUGCGAGGACCACACCCCGCGAUGCGCCGACUGGGCUCGCCGGGGGCUGUGCCGGCAGAACGAGCUCUUCAUGGCGCACAACUGCCCCGUCAGCUGUGACCUCUGCAUCGACCCCCAGUGCCGUGACCAGGAUCGCAGGUGUUCAGCCUUUGCUCAACAGGGACAGUGUUCAGUCAUUCCAAAUAUGUUGCAGAUCUGUCCGCAUUCUUGCAACAACUGCAAUAUCCCAGUUUUCAAAACUAUUAUCAAUCCGGACUUCCAGUGCGGCGGUCCAGGGAAUGCGCAGAGGAAUAGGCGCCAAGUUCUCUUCCCAGAUGAAGUGGGCCAAAGGAAGCCAACAAAACCUCCGGUAGUGAAGAAAGAAAAACCAAUGAUGAAAGUGGUUGGCAACAUGAACGGCAACAUCAACGUGAACGACACCUUCUGCGGGGCGACGCCCAUCUCCGAUCGCUUCCUUCUGACGGCGGCGCACUGCGUCUUCAGCUCCACCCACACGCCGCUGACGGUGCGUCUGGGCGAGCUCGACUUCGGCAGCGCCAACGAAGCCAACUCGCAGCCCGUCGAUUACGACAUAGAGGAGAUCAUCGUGCAUCCUGAAUACGAACGAGACUCCUUCAGCAGAUACAACGACAUCGCACUCAUAAAGACCAUCCAAACCAUUGAAUUCACGGACCUGAUCUUCCCCUUCUGCAUCAGCGCCGACCGGCCGCGGCACGGAAGCGAGGUCAUCGGGGCUGGCUUCGGCAAGGUCAACUCCACAACGAGAGUGACGCAUCUGCAGGAGGUGGUGCUGAACAUCGUGGGGCCCGCCGAGUGCGAGGGGAUCUACGAGCGGGAGAGCAACCUGCAGCAGCUGAGGCUGUCCUACCCGAACCUGCUGCAAGGGAGAGGCAUCCUGUGCGCCGCUUUCCCAGGCAGGGAUGCUUGCGAGGGCGACUCAGGAGGCCCGCUGUUCACGGAGGACAGCCAGGGGCGGCGGUUCCUCGUGGGCAUCGUCAGCGCCGGCAUCCCGUGCGGCGACGACGGCGUGUCGCUCCUCCCGGGGACUUACGUGAGCGUCGCGGAUCAGAUCGACUUUAUUGACAGCGUCUUGUAUCCUUAAUCUAUAGAAAUUAGAAAGGAUUCGAUGGUAUCUCAAAACACAAAUAGGUUGGAACACACGCACACACACACACACACACACACACACACACACACACACACACACACACACACACACACACACACACACACAUACACACAGACACAGACACACACACACACAGACGAAAAGAGAGCAUGAAAAAAAUCUAUGUAUUUAAAUAAUGUGAAAUAAAGCUAGCUUUGCUGUUAGCAAUGUACAUUUGUGAUUCUUUAUUAAAAAUGUUUGCAUGAGUUUUUUUAGGAUCUGUAAUUUUUUAAUAAAUUUUACCAGUUA